GAAACUCAAAAGACGCCCACACCAAGCCUUGGAAAUUCCACGCAAGUAACGCCUGUAGCGGAGCAAGCGCUUCUACCACUUUUCAACACUUCCGAAGUGCGGCCUGCGGCCCAAGCACACAUAACACAAAUGUUUGCGGAUGCUUUGCCAAUGGCCGUGUCAAUGAUACCGCCGCCCCCACCGCCUAUCGGCCCGAUGGAGGAGGAAGAGCAACUGCGCAUGGAAGAGGAAAUCGCAGCCGCACAAGAGACCCAAGAAGAGCUGUCACCCACUACCGACGAAUACCAAGAAGGUCUGCAGUUCGACGCCGACGACAAGGAGGAUUACGAUUAUGACAUAAUAGAUACCGACACACAAGCUGGCUAUAUACCGCCCGCACCGACACCGGCACCGUCUAUGGCGCCACUAGCCGAAAUGGAUAUAGAUACAGUGGAUGACGAUGAGCCAUGCGAGGAGAUCGAGCCAAUGGUUGAAGUGGAAGAGCUGCCAAAAACACCAACAGCCGAAACAGUUAUGCCAGCGAUUGUCGAAACUAUAGUGCCAGUUAUCGCAGAGGAGGUAAAGAAACGGCGUAAGAAACGCAUCGUAGAUGGCAGAAAGCCACACUCCGUAGAUGAGAAAGAGAGGGCCAGCACAUCGGCGGCAGGUGGCGCGACGACGGAGGCCAGUGGUGGCACGAAUAACCAAGCUGACCGCAAUGCGGUGUGCCCCUGGGAGGAUGAAAACGUAACCACCAGCGAUGGCACAUUUGUAAAAACCUAUGCUACGCUCGGGUAUUUAUGAAUAAAGCAGAACCUCUUCAAAUCUAUAGUUACCAAAAUACUGAGAAAAAAGAAAAAUCAAAAGAAAUAACAUUUGUUUGCAUCGCAAAUUUACACACACACACGCACACACCUACUUACAUACAGACACGCACACACUCAACUAAGCACUCAUAUAUUGACAAGAUUUGCGUAUAGAUAAAAAUAUAAGACAGUAGGAGUGAAAGUUCUACAUUGCCGUGCAGGGAAGCACAUUGCGACAACACCGUUU